GCGGGGAGUCCAGGAGGCGGCGCGGCCGGGGCGCUGCCGGAUUCGCGCUUUUCCCCCGGCGGCGGAGGGACGUUCCUGUGCCCUGGUGGCCCGCGGGCGCCGCAGCCCGGCCUUUGGGUUUCGUUUGGCCGCAGCUCGGGCUGCCGGAGCCCGCCCCGCCUGCUAUGGACAACGGCGCCGUGUACAACCAGACCACCGAGCUGCAGCGCGAGCCGCAGAGCAAGCCCUGCGCCUGCGCCUGCACCCUCCACCGGCUCACCCCGCAGCGCCUGCUGCUCAAAGCGGCGCAAGCGCUGCUUUCCCUUUUGGCCUUCAUCCUUGAAGAAAUUGUGGAGAGUUGUAUCCUGUGUGGUGGGCUUUACUUCUUCGAGUUUAUAAGUUUCAGUGCCACCUUUCUGAGUAUCCUGAUACUGACUGUAUAUUGCACCUCUGCGUAUGAAAAAGUUGAGAAGGAUAAAUUAAUCAAAUUGGAUUUCUGGGUCACUACAGUAGUGGGAGUUCUCUUUUUUGUAGCUUCCAUUGUGUUUGCUGCAACCAGUGACAAGUCAUCUGUUGAAACUGUUGCAAUUGUGUUUGGCUUUUUCGCAACUAUAGGAUUUCUAGCUGAUGGUAUUCACUUUUUUAUGGAGAAUCGUAAAGUGAAGGAAAAUAAAGUGGAGAACACUGGCAACACACAGAACACACCAGAAAAUCAGCCGCUGAAUAACUAAAGCUGAACUUUAAAAAAGUCCUUUAAUUUCUAUGAGUUAAAUUAAUCAAGGUGAAAUACUUUAAUUUCCCUACUUAUUCCACUGCAUUGAGGGUAACUUUGUCUUCUCUCUCUUUUGCAUCUAUCCAGCUUUGUACAAGUCUGACCCUAUCAUAAGCUUUUAUAGACUCCUUACGUUUUUUAACAAUAGUAUGUGGAGCAUCAGGGCUUGUACAAUUCUCCAUCUAACUUGUCCUGACUAAUAAUUGUCAGAGGGACAUUCUAAAAGGAAGAAAUUGCCUCCAAAUAGAUUUUUUUUUUUUUAUUUAAACAUAAAAUAGACAUCAGUAACUGAAAGCACUGAGACUUCUGAGAAGAAUGACUGUAGUACAGGGGAACUCAUCAGGCUUAAAUUCUGAGUUAUGUUUUAAAAAUAUUUACAUUUUAUGUAAAUACAGCAGGCCAGAAUUAGAAAUCUGUUGCAUUAAUUCACACCUACCUAUGUAUGUGAUAUCCAGCUUCUUGCCUCUGAUACUAAGAAUGAAGUAGUACAAUAAAACUCUUUCCUUGUUUUAUCGGUUAAACUGUGAAUGUAAAAGGGAAACUAAAUUUUGCAAUCUCAUCGAGGUUUCUGUCCCCAAACGAGUCAUUCUUUACUUUGAUUUUAUCUUGUGUGUCUUACUCCGUACUUCUAGAUUCUGUUUUGUUUUGUGUCUCUGAAAGUCACUGCUCUUUUUUAAAGGCAGUCGGUAAAACAGAUACAGCUAGCUUGUGUGUGUUUGAUAGUCAAGUGGUGUAUCAUAGAGUGACUUUUGCACUCCAUAUUUGUGGAAGUUUAAAGCUGUAAGUGAUGCAUUCUUUAAAAAUAUCGUUAAACCCAUUAAAGAAAGAAGAAAUUUGAAAAUUAAGAGGAAAGGUUAAGAGGCCAAUAUUUUCAGCCUAGAGGAAAGAAAACUGAGAGGAAACUAACUGCCUGUAAACAGCUAAAGGGAUAUAUUUUAAAAAAAGGGGGCAGGGACCAAUUAAUCCUUUCAGUUCACGAGGGCAGCACAAAAAGUAAUUAGCUUAAGCUUUGCCAGGGAAAGUUUUAACUUAAAAAUGAAAUAAUAAAACUUUGGCACUGUUCCAGUGCACAUCACACAUACUGUUAAUAACAUGUACAGUUUGUCCAUGUAAAAUUGAAGAUGAAUGGUCAUGAAAGUUGAUUAUUGUUUGUCCUUGCACCUACGUGCAACUCAGUUGAUGAAUGGAUAAAUAAGUAAGCAAGCAGUUGUAUAAACUUCUAGACUUAAGACAGCAGCCCAUGGGAUGAAAAGGGAAGCUAUUAGUGAGCAGUGGGUUAGGCACAAGCAGUGCAAGGAUGCAAAAGACCAGACAGGUUGAGUCACAUAUGCAAGGCAGUGGUGAAAAGGCAUUCUUCAGAUGGUUGAAGAGUGGGUUUUUUUGCAGAUUGGGGUUUUUUUCUGUGGAGGGGAAAAUGAGAUUCUUACACCUGCAAGGGUGGGCUAUGUAAGCAGGAUAAAUUGUAGUAAACUUCCAAGAGAGCAUGAGGUGCCCAAAAGUAGAUAUUUAACCAAAAAAAACCCCAAAACUCUGGUAUCUUAGAGGCCUUGUUAUGUAAAAGUAGUUUAUUGUCUGACUUUUCAUGACACUUGCCAUGUCUUCCAUGAUUUGAGACUAUUAACAUCACUUUCCCAAAAUGUAUUAAGUUAAACCUACAGCCCUUUAAAUCAUUGAGGCAGCACUGAGACUAAACCCUCUAGGAACGGGUUGUCUUCUACUCUCGCCCUAUUUUGAGGACAGAGUAGUAGUUAGGGAGUUAAAGUAUUGUAAGUGAAAUCAGAGGCUUUUUCUAAGGCUGCUACUUUCUGAUGAUCAAACAUAACAUGGUUGUAAUGGUGUCCCUUUGUUAAAUGUGUCAGCUCCUGAACAUUUGAACCUGUUUGUGAAGGAAAUCUGACACUAACACUACAUUUUGCUGAAUAUCAUCAAUCUUUGACUCCAUCCUGUUUUGUUAAUUUCUCUGCGCAUGGUUUUUACUAAUUUUUUUUACUUUUUGCAUCAAAAGUGGCUAUAAGUCUUGAUUUUAAAUAUAAAUGUAAAAAUAAGCUUGUUGCAAUGAUAUCUAGAAUGACUUCCACCAAGAACCCUUUGUUGUUUUGUUAAAUUUUAUUUUCCCAGUGUGGGGGUUGGCCAUGCUUUCCCCAGCAUGAAAGUAUGUGAAGAGACUCCCCGUUGUCAAAAAAACAAUAUUUGUGCUUCCUCUGCAGCACUCAGCUCUUGGACAGAGCAGAGUCAAUUAACUCUCCAAUGUCCUUUAUAGAAUUAGAUAAAUUUGUGUUGGAAGAGGUGUGUUAAGUCAUCUCUCUGCCAUGGUUUCUUAUCUCUGUAAUAAUAAAGUGCAUUUGGUACUCACAUAGUAAAGUUAUAGGCACCAAUAGAAGAACCUAGAUACAUCCCAUGAUCUCAAAAUGCUUUACAAAGAGGGAAUAACUACGAAGUUCAUUUUUACAGAUGAAGAGACUGAAGUACAGAGAGGCCAAGUGAUUUUCUGUUAUAUGGAGUCAGUGCCAGAAGAGUGACUAGAAUUCAAGUCUCCUGACUUACAGUCCUAUGAUCUUACCACUAAACCAUGCAAAAAUGGAGAUACUUAUGCACCUUUGUAGAGCACUUUGAGACCUUGAUAUAAGUAGAAAGUAGCAUUCAGUCCACCCCCUUGCUAUGUUGGGACCGUUCCCUGCAGCAUGUGUUCCUAGUGUGUUGUCCAGCAAUGGGGCUUCCACCACUCUCAACAAAUGGGUGACCCUCAUCUAGAUUUGAGUAUCAACUUAUUUCUUUCUGCAAUAAGAGACCAAAAAUGCCUUUUUCCAAUAGAAAGGGAUGAAAAACAUUUGUGAUCAACUAUGUUAUGAAAGGGGAAUGGAUAACGUUUGAAAACUAGUUAGCUCUACUUUCUAAUCCGCUAUGGGCGGUCUCUAGGAGGUGGCAGGCCCACGACCCUCAAAAGCACACCCAGUUUUUGUCAGACGUGCAGUCUCUCUCGUGUGGCAAUAGAGUGCUGCCACUAGACCAGCCUGGACUUAAGAAUCAUAGAAUCAUAGAAUAUAAGGGUUGGAAGGGACCCCAGAAGGUCAUCUAGUCCAACCCCCUGCUCAAAGCAGGACCAAUUCCCAGUUAAACUCACUUGGGUUCAAGUGAGUUGAUGCACGUUGUCGUGGACGUACAGAACUGGAAUUACUGACUUAAAAUGAUGUGUGUGUGUAGUGGUGUUGGCAUAAGUUUUAUGAGCAUGGUGUUGGUCUAAAACUCUUCAUUUUUUGUUUUAAAAAGACUUUUUGGGAUUACAACUCUUAUUUGAGUUUCUUUAAGUGAACCUAUGAAGACUGAGCAUAUAACUUUUUCAUAGAUAUUUGGAAGCAGUUUUUACAAACAACCAUAGAAACCAUAUAAAUAAAAGAGAGCUGAACGUAAGUCCUUCAGAGCCCGGACACACUUGUACGUUGGCUGGAGUGAGAGACUUUAUUGCUGUAAAAAUGGUUUGGAAUUUUUUUCACACAGUCAAAAAAUAUCCUAUUUGAUGAUUUUUUUUUUUUUUUUUUUGUCAGACUCUGCUCUUUGUUUUUUUUGUUUUAAAUUAGGCUUGGUCUCAAAAGUGGAGAGGGGCAGUUUUAAGCAGGAUUAAAUGUUGCUUCAUCAGUAAUAAAUCCUGUGGAAGAGAGUAAUGGCUAUUGGCAGCCUACCUGUGCAUUGUGUCCUAUCUCCAAGAGAGGGUCAUCAGUAGUUGCCUAUGGGGUUAUGGGCCUGCUCCCAUCCCUGUUGAGAGUCUUAAGCCUAUUGCAAUGGAUCCUUCUCAGACACCAGAAGCACCUGAUGAGUCUUUAUACCAGAUUCCGUGGUGACAAAGCUUUUAUCCCAUUUAUGCUUUCCAGGAAAUUGUUAAUCUUAUUUUUAGACUCCAUAUUUAACGUACCUUAAAAUUACUAUAUCGACAGAAGAGAAAAGCAAGCAGUAUCCCUUGGAUACUAGAUAUCAAAAGUUGUUACUGUAUGUUACUGUGUCAACUCUAUUGUUAAGGAUAUUGGGUUACUGUAGGCUUCCACGUUUGUAUUUGGUUCCCUCCCCAACCUCCACCCCUUUCCCAAUUUCACCCUCCACACCUGGAAAGCAGUGAACUAUCUUGCACUAUUCCCAGAAUUCUGCCAAAGAUGUUUUGACAUAACACCACUUGCCAUCAUGUUGAUUUCAGUUCCAUUGAAAGCACAGAAACCAACUCCUACAAGAGAAAUACAAAACUUCCAGUAAAGGGAAACAUUUUGUGAGGUUCUUUAUAGAGUAUGUAUAAUUGAUUGCCACAGCAAAUUAGCUUGAUAGUGCCCUAUUUAAGAUAUAAAAUUUAUGUAUAAAAACACCUUUGAAUAUGUUCAUUUGUUGCUGUACAUGUGUAAUGUAUAUCUAGAUAACUUUUCACUGGCGAAUUUAAUUUGUAUUUUCAUUACUUUGAGAUUUAAGGAGGGUUUUUUUUAUGUUUACUGGGUUAGGAAAAUAUAAUGGUUGUAUAACUAUGUACAGUUCUUUGGCUUGUACUGCAAAUGCCUUGAAAUUCCAGUUGAAGUAUUUCAAAAUACUUCAAGAAUGUUCCAUUCUAAACCUGUGGCCUUUCAAAUGUGCUAUGGUUUUUUACUGGAUUUCUAAAAUAUUUUAAUUUUAAAUAAAAUAUUAGUAACUUGC